UGCACACCUGGGCUGGGCUCUUGGCCUCCUGGGAUUACUGGCCCUCCAGUGAUAGGGCUACCUUCUCUUACAGGGUCCUGUAGUCUUCAGGGCAGUAACUAGAGCAUGGAUCCCUCCUAAUUCUGCUCUGGCCCAAUGUUCCUCACAGUCAAGCUGCUCUUGGGACGGAAAUGUAGCCUGAAGGUGUCAGGCCAAGAAAGUGUGGCCAUGCUGAAGAAGCUGGUGUCUGAGCAGCUGCAGGUGCCAGAGGAGCAGCAGCAUCUGAUGUUCCGCGGCCAGCUCCUGGAUGAUAACAAGUGCCUCUCUGACUACUGCAUUGGGCCCAAUGCUUCCAUUAAUGUCAUUGUGCGACCCUUGGAUAAAGCAGCAGCAGACAAAGCCCUCCAGCCUCAGGAUCAAGCCCAGCCCCUGUGGCACCAGCUGGAUAGAGUCCUAGCCAAACACUUUGGGCCCCAGGAUGCCAAGGCAGUGCUGCAGCUACUGAGGCAGGAGCAUGAGGAACGUCUGCAGAGGGUGAGCCUGGAGGCCCUGGAACAGCUGGCGUGCCACCUCCUGGCAGAGCAGCAGUGUAUGGAGCUGGCUGGGGAGGAGGAGCUUCCGAGCUCCUGCAAAGGGGAGGAGGAAGAGAAGGAGGAGGAGAAGGCAAAGGAAGAGGAAAAGGAGGAAGAGAAGGCAGCUGAUUAGUAAACUGGCUAGUCCUACUCAUUCUCUUGCUAAAAUUCUCUGCCUCAUCC